GGCGGCGGAGGCGGAAUCGGCGCGGCGGCCUCGGGGCGGGACGGGGCGGGGCCGCCAGGACCAGACGUGGCCGAAAGGCGGCGCCAAGGCCCGGGUAGGGGGGAGAUGAUCGAGCCGCAGCCCCAGCCGUAGCCCCAGCCGUAGCCCCGCCGCGCCAGCUGUGCGGGGAGUUUUCUGAGCCCCCCCGCUAGGUUGCACCGCGACCCCCUCGGAGGCGUCAUGAGGUCCCCGAGCGACGGCGAGGAGGGCGCGGACAGCACGCCGCUCCUGCGGGGCGCCCCGCGGCCGGAAGCCGCUCCAGUGUGCUGUUCCGCUCGGUACAACUUAGCCGUGUUGGCCUUCUUUGGUUUCUUUGUCUUAUAUGCAUUACGUGUGAAUUUAAGUGUCGCCUUAGUGGACAUGGUAGACUCAAAUAUAACUUCAGCAGGUAAUAUGACUUCCAAAGAGUGUGCAGAUCAUUCUGCUACCAUAACAGUUCUUCGGAGACACAUGGGUAAAAGGUACCAGUGGGAUGCAGAAACUCAAGGAUGGAUUCUUGGUUCUUUCUUUUAUGGCUACAUCAUCACACAGAUUCCUGGAGGAUACCUUGCCAGCAAAGUGGGGGGAAAACUGCUGCUGGGAUUUGGGAUACUUGGCACCUCUGUCUUGACGUUGUUCACUCCCAUUGCUGCGGAUCUGGGAGUUAUAGCUCUCGUUGUCCUCAGAGCGCUAGAAGGACUAGGAGAGGGUGUCACAUUCCCUGCCAUGCAUGCCAUGUGGUCCUCUUGGGCUCCGCCUCUUGAAAGAAGCAAGCUGCUUAGCAUCUCAUACGCAGGAGCACAACUUGGGACAGUAAUUUCUCUUCCUCUUUCUGGGAUAAUUUGCUUCUAUUUGAAUUGGACUUUUGUCUUCUACCUUUUUGGUAUAGUUGGAAUCAUUUGGUAUAUUUUAUGGAUCUGGUUAGUUAGUGAAACACCAGAAAGUCACAAGAAAAUCUCCCAAUAUGAAAAAGAAUACAUUCUUUCAUCAUUAAGAAACCAGCUUUCUUCACAGAAAUCAGUGCCAUGGAUACCCAUGGUAAAAUCACUGCCACUCUGGGCUAUUGUAGUUGCACAUUUCUCUUACAACUGGACUUUUUAUACUUUGUUAACUUUAUUACCUACUUAUAUGAAGGAGAUCUUAAGGUUCAAUGUUCAAGAGAAUGGGUUUUUAUCUGCUGUGCCUUAUUUUGGCUGUUGGAUAUGUAUGAUUCUGUCUGGCCAAGCUGCUGACACUUUAAGGGCAAAAUGGAAUUUUUCAACUAUAUGUGUUCGAAGAACUUUUAGCCUUAUAGGAAUGAUCGGCCCUGCAGUGUUUCUCAUAGCUGCUGGAUAUAUAGGCUGUGAUUACUCACUGGCCGUUGCUUUCUUAACCAUAUCAACAACACUGGGAGGCUUUUGCUCCUCUGGGUUCAGCAUCAACCAUCUGGAUAUUGCACCUUCGUAUGCUGGCAUCCUCCUGGGCAUCACAAACACAUUUGCCACUAUUCCUGGAAUGGUUGGGCCCGUCAUUGCUAAAAGUCUGACCCCUCAUGACACUAUUGGGGAAUGGCAAACUGUUUUCUAUAUCGCUGCUGCUAUUAACAUAUUUGGUGCCAUUUUCUUCACAAUGUUCGCCAAAGGUGAAGUGCAGAACUGGGCUCUCAGUGAUCACCAUGGACACAGAAACUGAAGGAACCAAGAAAUAACCCCGUCUCUAUUAAUGUACUUUUAUCAUGUAGCCUAAAAGUGCCUUUGAUAUUUAAUGUGUAAGCGUUCAGUAUACAAGAAAAAAUUUAUGCUUGUAUUGAACUGUUAAGGCUUGAAAUCAUGAAAUGUCACUCGUUGCCAGAUUAAAAAUGAAUUAGCUUUUUUUAGUAAUUAAUAAAACAUGUAUGCUGGAACAUAUAUACCUUAGGGUCCCAUACCUAGCUCCAAGCCAGGCAAUAUGAUGCAGGUGGGUUUCUGUUUACUUCUAAAGGACAUUCUUAAAGGAAUGAGCGGAAGUGAACACUUCGGGACCUCUGCUUAAUUGAACUUAAUAGAUCCAAAGUCCUCAGGUCUUCUUAGUCAGCCUCGCCUUUGCCCACUUCCUAAAAGCAAUGUCGCACGCAUCUCAGACCUGAACGUCUCCAUGGAGCUGCCAGCCACUGUCUGACUGGGCCUGACAGCUGCACUGAGGGAAGCUCGCCCAAACAGCUGCCCAGCAGCCCCUCCUUGGCUCUGGGGAUGGCGCCCAGCAUGUACCAGAGGCAGCAUCCAAACCCAGGGCAUUGCCAGGGGCCUGGGGAACUGUCAGUGUGUAGAUAAGCCCUGAGCAGCAGGAACAGUGAGAACCCCACAGCCUCUCCCUUCCCCGCAUGCUGGGAAUCAAGCACAGCUGGUUGGCUUGGAAGCUUCCAGAGAAAAGAGGGGUGCCCCCGUUAAGUCACAAACACCAUCCUCCUCGACACAAGCUACCCACCUUCACAUGAAUCAGAGAGCGAAUUUCCAAGUUCUGUGUUUGAUGAGCUACACCAGAAUGGAAAUAAUAGGCCUUGUUGUCAUCUGCCUACAUACUAAGCCUCUGGUGGCUGUUUAAAGCUAGAGUGACUUAACCCGGCCACGUCGCUGAGAUCAAUGAUGUCAUAAUCAUUACUCCUGGUCCCUGAAAUCAUCUUUUUUUCAGUCUUCUUCUUGGGUCGUCUUCCAAUGGUUUGGGGACAUGCUUUGAGGACAUUUAUGUGGUGUAAAGUCCGGUUCCUGUUUUGUUGUGUUUGUUCAACACUACCUGUAACACACUCACAAACGAUUCCAUGUAAUACAAUGUGAAUACACUUCUGUCAAUCGAUUUUUAAAUGUGUAAAUAGCUUUUUUCAGUUGCUCUGGUGAUAUUUCUUUUGUGAAUCAUCCCAAUAAACCUUUUGAAUUGA